CAUAUUGAUAAUUCAUGAACGACCGUUGCUUUGAUUUCAUCAAUCCGUUGAAAAAAUAUAAGUUGUGAUAAAGUAAACAGUGUAUGUGAUACUAAAAUACUUUCAAAAUGAAGUCCGCUAAAUCUAAACAGAGAUUAAACGAUUUACGAACGCCUGCUAGGAGUAAACAAAACCUUAUAGGCGAAAGAGAUCCCGUGCAAGUUUACUGUAGACUUCGGCCUAUGCAAAGGGACUCCGAUUCACCAUGUAUGAAGAUAAUUUCGCCGACAACUGUCCUCCUGACGCCCCCAUCGACUGCUAUAAGCUACAGAAACGAGAAUGCGAAGACUAUGAAGUAUACUUUCAAAGAAGUCUUCCCGCCAGAAACGAACCAACAAGAAGUCUUCGAUAAAGUCGCUUUACCGAUUGUCGAAGGCCUAAUCAAAGGUAAAAAUGGCUUAUUAUUUACUUACGGAGUCACAGGAAGCGGUAAAACGUUCACUAUGACCGGAGAACCGCAAAAUUGUGGUAUUUUACCAAGAUGUUUGAAUAUUAUAUUUAAAACUAUUAACGACUUUCAAGCGCACAAAUAUAUUUUCAAACCUGAUAAAAUGAACAUGUUCGAUAUUCAAUCUGAGGCAGAGGCCAUGUUGGAACGGCAACAGGAACUUCAUAAAUUUAAAACUGGAAAAAAGAAUAAUUCAAAUCCUGAUUUGGCCAUGUCAUCGUCUGAUGUGACCAAAAUCGAGGGUAUUAACGAAGAUAAUCAGUAUGCAGUCUUUGUAACUUACGUUGAGAUAUAUAACAACAGUGUGUUUGAUUUACUCGAAGAUGGCCCUCCUAUAAGUAGGAAUUUACCGGUAAAAAUCAUUCGAGAAGACGCAGCCCAUAAUAUGUAUGUCCACGGUGUUACUGAGGUAGAAAUUAAGUCUGCAGAGGAAGCUUUUGAGGCAUUCUACUUGGGAUUAAAACGUAAACGCAUGGCACAUACUUCACUCAAUGCAGAAUCAAGCCGAAGCCACUCGGUAUUCACAAUCAGGUUGGUGCAGGCUCCAGUUGAUGAAAUGGGAGAAGCCGUGAUCCAAAAUAAAAAGUUUCUCAACAUCAGUCAGUUGAGCUUGGUAGAUUUAGCCGGCAGUGAGCGCACAAACCGCACUAAGAAUACUGGACAACGUCUUCGAGAAGCUGGUAAUAUAAACAAGUCUUUAAUGACGCUAAGAACUUGCUUGGAAGCGUUACGAGAGAAUCAGAUCAGCGGUACCAACAACAUGGUACCGUACCGAGAGUCAAAGAUCACACAUUUGUUCAAGAAUUUCUUCGAAGGAGAAGGACAAGUCCGUAUGGUUGUCUGCGCUAAUCCGAGAGCUGAAGAUUACGAUGAGACGCUCCAAGUCAUGAGGUUUGCAGAGAUGGCGGCUGAAGUGGAAGUCGCUAAGCCUCAAGUUAUUGAUGUAGCAGCCAACAUUGGUCUAACUACGGGACGUCGUAAGGCUAACAGAUUAUUUACAACAGCUAGAGACAAUUUGUCUAGACCGGAAGCUAAAGAUCUGGAAAUGGAUCUGGGUCUUGUAUACAGUCUGGGACCUGACUUCCCGAGUAUAGAACUGAACAGUUCCCAAGCUGCUCAUAUUAUUAAGGAACUUAUGGCUCAUUUGGAGAUGAGAAUCAGCAGGCGUGAGAUGUUAAAACGCAGCAAACAAAUCAAAGAUGAAAGACUGAGAUCGGCUCUUUUAGACUUGGAAAAAGACUCCUUAGAAGUCAGGAGUGAGAAUGCGUCGUUACGAGGACAGUUGGCAGCCGCAGAACGCAGGGUCAGAGCCUUAGAAGAACGUCUAACAGCUACAGAAAACGCAUCACUCACUCACCAGAGAAAACUGUCAGAAAUGACAGAAUACACAACUAAUUUGAAAAGAGAAUUACAAGAAAAAGAAAUGCUGCUCAGCCAAAACAAAUUCGAUAAAGAAAAGCAGAAAAAGAUCUUAGAAAGAAAAUAUAAUCACAAGAUAGCAGCCGAACAUGAGAAAGCUAAAGAAAUAAACUCUGAAAAAGAGAGAUUGAAAAACGCAAUCGAAGAGAAAGAGAAUAGACUUCGAAUUAUAGCUGAAGCUCUUAACCGAGGCGACCAUGAUGGAUUUAAUAAGAUAACUACAGAAAUUGGUGCGCAGACGAGUAACAGAGAAGGGAAUUUCACUCCUGGGUCCACUCCGAGGGCUUUACCAGCCCAUCUUUUGACUCCAUUCAGUUCUGCACCGCAUACUACGCAGACACAGCGAGAUACACCAGCUUCUUCUCGUCGUGGGAUAGCCAUUGCUAACCCAAGACACCGUCGCUCCCUCUCCGCCGAUGGCCGCGGCUGGGUAGAACAUGCUCCGAACAAAAUCGUCCCCAUGGGCACAGUUAUGAAACCCAACAUAGCUAACAGUAAAGUAGUUAACAAACUUACAAGCGUUAAAGAUGUAGUUAACUCAAGAACUUCUAAAUACUGUUUGAUUUCUCAAGAACAGGACACGGAUGGGGAGUUAGAAACGAAGUUGUAUAAAGGAGAUGUGGUGCCCACUUGUGGUGGAGGUGCUCAAGUAAUAUUCAAUGAUGUUGAGAUGUUAAAACAGUUCUCUCCUACGAGGGAGUCUUCGCAUUCCCAUAGCCACCGCCUGUCUGCGACCACUUGUGCAAGGCACUCGGGCAAGCGUAGGGACACCGCUUGCUCCCCACCGCAGACCCCAUCGAAUACGAGCAAAAAGCAGAGAGUCGACGAUGAUUGAAGGUGUUAAUGGGUAAGAAGUUUCCGCCAUAGUCCUUAGUCUAGCAUACAUCUGGAAUUCCUGAUCUAAAUCCUCUAUGGUUGCAAAGAGUUUCUUGCAAAAAAGUUUUGUUACUUUAUACUUGAUCAGGAAAUUCAGAUGUGUGGUUGUUUUUUUUAUAUAUUAUUGUGAUUAUGUGUGGGUAGAAAGUUUGUUAUUUCUAAGUUUUGUUAAGCUAUUAACACUUUGAUAAAUGGCCUAUGACACUUUUUAUUAGAUUUCAAAAAUAAUGGAUAUGAAAGGUUUGGUUUAUAUGUAAAUUGAUAGCAGCUAAAAAAAAUGUUUGUUGUCCUCAAAAGGCCAUAUUUGAGAAAAAAAUACUUUAAAAUUAUUAAUUUAGUAUUACUAAACAUAUUUUUUAGGUACCAAAUAGUUAAUAUAUGUAACUUUAAUUGGUAAGGCUUGUAAUUUCUUUAGGUUUAAUUACUAAACAUUUUAGCAUUUGGCUGACAAUUAAAAAUUAUGUAAAGUGCCUUUUUGUUCUUAAAGAUGUAUUUAAGAUACAAAUAAAUUAAUAGUUUUAAAAGCACGCUUUUACAGUACCUGUCUUUUUCAACGUUUAUUAUAAGACUUUUCUAAUAAGUCCAAACACAGACAUGAUAUUUUCCAACUUGCAUUUCCAGUUCAUAUCUUCCGGCUUCAUCAUCAGAUCAGUUUGACGGUACCAUAUUAUUGUAUUGUCAUCAGAACUACAUACAGCUGCCAAUUUUCAUGACGCUACGAUCCUUGGAAGAUUGUUUUAGUUACUUUAGAUUCCAUUUCAUAGUUACAUACUACUAGGUCAACCUGCCUAAUAAAAGCGUGUUAAUAAUUGUCAGCCAAUAGUAAAUUACAUAUUAAUAUACUUAAGGGUUUGUGAUUUUUUACAUUGAAGACAUUUCUGACUGUGAUUCAAAUAAAAUUGCUCAUUGUAAAAGUACAUACCAUUUUUUGUUAAAUUUUUUUUUACUUGCUGGUUUCAUUGAUAAUUAAUUUAUUGAGUCUCUUUUACUAUUAUCAAACACUAAAGUACAUCAUUUUUUUUUUUCAGAAUACUAACUAUAUAUAUUAUCAUCAUCUUUUACUGUGUGUCUGGUACAGGUGUCUGUCUAGAUUUGGUCCCUGAUAUAUGAAUUAUUAUUUUUGUCAGUUUUUGAAAGGUCUAAAUACUCAUGAAGUACAUAUUUGUAAAAGUACAUUAAUUCUUAUGCUUAUCCCAAACAACUAGUAACAGUACAGCUUCCACCAUGUUUUACCCACUUUUUAUGGGAAUAACUUCCCUCACCUGGUUAAAGAGGACCAUGUAUGUUAGUCUUAACUAUAAAAGCUUUAUUACUGCAAACUUUCACCAAAAUCGGCUGAGCAGUUUUCGCGUUAAGAAAAACAUACUCAUAAACUUUCGCAUUUUGUAACAUUAAUGUGAUAUUUUGUCAAUGAAACCAGCUACAUAUGUAUAGUAUACAUAUUAUACUCUCAUAUACAGAUAGUACAUAAGUUUUUAUUAUUACUUUUUUCUAUAUUUUUCAGAAAACUUGUAGUAAAAUUCUCAAAAUUCUUGAUUAUGUGGCUUUUUUUAACUUUUUCUUUGUGUAAAAUAACUUAAAAUAUUGUCUUUUCAUACUAAUUUGAAAAAUAAACUUUGUUUUGUUUACUUAGUAAGUAUUUACAAAGAUUAUGUACCUAAUUAUGUACUAAAAAGUAGUACAAAAAUAGUCUAAAUGUAGGCUGUCUAAGUUCUAAUAUUAUAUAGAUCUGAUUUGCCUUAGAAAAAGCGCUGUUUUCAAUUGAAUUAAAGUGUAUGUAAUAAUUUUUAUUGGUGGGUUCACUCGUUUCCAAAGGAUUUUGAUUAAGUGAUUUGAUUUUGAUUAUUUAAUUUUAGUUACCGACUUCAAAAAUAGGAAAAUAUCACUUUCGUAUUUAUGUCUCUUUGUGCGCUAUUACGUCACCUUUUUCUGAACCGGUUUGAUGCGGUUUUCAGCAUAGAAUUUGUCAGACUUAAGAGAAGGUUACAGGAUUUCAUUAGGAUUUAUUUUUUUAUAAAAAUUUUCUUGUGUGUUAUACAAAAUUUCACCCACAUUAAUUUAGUUCCUACAAACAUAAAAGAAUUUCAAAUUAAUAUUAGUUUAAGGUGUCAAAGUUCAAGCAUUUAAUUUGAUUAAUUAACACUCUGA